AUGCAGAAAAGAUCAACAGUUAGAGUAGAGGCACUUCACUUUAACUCUGCCUUGAGUGCUUGCCGCAUGGGUGCGUGGGCAGUUGCCUUGGCUCUUUUGGAAAAUCUGAUGGUUGGCAUGAACAGCAUCUCCUUCAACUCCGUCCUCCGGUCGCUGGAAUCCGGUCGUUGGGCAGAUGGCCAGCACUUACUUCAACGGCUGUUGGCCAAGAGCAUGCAGCCCUCCCUCAUAACUGGGAAUUCACUUAUGACCCUGUAUGAGAAGAGUAACCAGUGGAGCUGCGCACAAGAUCUCCUGGCACACCAGCUGCCCUUCUACAGACUACUCGCCGACACUGUCACAUACAACGGAGCCCUAAGUGCGUUCGAGAAGGGUAGUCAGUGGCAUCUGGCACAAUGGCAACUGGCUUGCAUGCUGAAGUUUGGUCCUCGACCUGGGAUAGUGACGCUUGGUGCGUCCGUUGCUGCUUUGGGUGCUGCCCAACUUUGGGAGCUCUCCCUGGCACGCUUCAAUACUUUGGGACAGUUCUCCUUACAGGCUAAUGCCGUGGCGUGUGGUGCUGCCCUGAACGCGUGUGAUAGGGGGCAGAGUUGGGAAUCUGCUCUUGCAUUGCUCUUGGCCGCUCAGCAUCACGCGGCUGAGCUUGGCGCUGUUGAGUUCAACUCCGCGAUCACGUGCUGCAGCUCCAGCUAUGUCAACGAUCAUGCGCUGGCAACUGCCCGCACGAUGAUCCACAGCAGGGUGACCCCAGACCUUGUCACGUGCAACGCAUUGCUCGCUAUGUGUGCGCGAGCAGGCAUGUGGUAUGAAGCUGUUUGCAUCCUGCGACGGACGCCUAUUCUCAGCAUUAGGUUGCCCCUCAUGAUGCCGGACGUUUUGAGCUACAGUGCAGCGCUUGCUGCAUGUGCCAAAGGCUCUCGGCCCUAUGAGGCCCUCACACUCCUUUCCGACGCAAGGUGCUUACGCAUUCCUCUGGACCUGCAGGCAAACACUAAUGCUGUUUCUGCAUUUCAUCAAGCCAACCUUUGGCAGCAGGCACUGGCCAUAGCUCAGGACACUCCCAUGGAUGCUGUGCUUUUGGAAGUAGCUCUAAGCGCUUCGGAAGUCGGCAGUUCUUCAAUGAGUGCCAUCCUGCUCCUAGGCACUGCUGGUUCGACGGCUGAAAGCGCCAUGCGCUUGCUGAACUAG